UCACGGCGACGCCAGACGCCCCAGAUGCUAGACGACGCGACAGCCAUUUCAACGCUCUUCCACGCAUACGAACUCAUCGAUACGCAAGAUCGAUCGAAUUUGUCGCGUUCUCAAAUUAUCUCGUCGUUUGUAGUCAACGUCCUCUCUUCAUGAUGAAGCGCUUCGAUUUUACGUAACAAUUUCGGAUCUUAGACUGCUCAGUGUGUGUUAGGUGUCAAGAACAGAUUUCUCCUUCUCGGUGGAUUUUGUACAAUGCCAUGGUGCAGAUAACUUCUUUUCUUCCUCUACAUUUCAUUAUCCUUCGAUGAGUGUUGGUGCUGAAUUGCUUUGUUCUCAAUCAACUCUUAUCUCUCAUCCUACGUUUUAGCUGAGGGAUAGAGAAAGAGAGAGAAACAAAACACGAGACAGAAAGAGCAAAGAAGAAAGAAGUUUCUGAAGUUACUAAAGUCUAAAAGAUACUUCGAAGAAAAUGAGCGUCAUAAUCAGACUGCAAAAUCUGGCGUGGUCCGCCAACGCAUUGGACAUACGCCAAUUUUUUAGAGGUCUGAGUAUUCCAGAGGGUGGCGUUCAUAUUGUCGGCGGCGAGCAGGGGGAUGCGUUCAUCGCGUUCAGCACCGAUGAGGACGCUCGCCAAGCGAUGAUGCAUGAUGGUGGCAAGAUAAAGGAAAUGAAGAUUAAAUUGCUGUUGAGCUCGCGCACCGAAAUGCAGAAGGUGAUCGAGGCCGCUCGGCAACAGACUUUGAAUUUACAAUGCAUCAUACAAUCCACACCGGCGGUGGCAGUGCCGCCCACUGUGGUUCCUGGCAAGCAACCGGGUUCCCCGACCGAAAAUAGGAGAGAAAAGGAUAACGACAGCGAGUCGGGCAAGGACCGAAGGGACAGACGUGACCGGUCAAGAUCGCGGGAUCGCUCACGAUCGCGCGAUCGUGAUCGCGAUCGAGAUCGUCGCGAUCGAGACCGCGGUCGGGACCGGCGACGGCGAGAUCGCAGCAGAUCGCGAGAUCGGGAUCGCCGUGAUCGAGAUCGUGGUGGCCGAGACCGGCGACGGCGCGAUCGCAGUAGAUCGCGUGAUCGCACGAGGUCGCGUGAUCGCGACUCGAAGAGGAACUCCACGAGCGAUCGGCGCAAGGAUACCAACGAGGAGGACAACAGCGAUAUCGUGUGCGUCGGCCAAUUUCACAAGGACAAAUCGUCGACGGCUACGACGAAGAAACCGCUCGUAGAAAACGGCAUAUGGGAAGUGCCACCGCAGACGCAGAUGCAGGCCGCUUUGUUAGCCCCGGGUAUUCUAGGCGCCAAUGUCGCUGCUUUGUCUCAGGAUACGGAUGCGCAGCGUUCAGCUAUAGCGAGCUUCAGCACGCCUGUGAUAGGUCAGCAACCGAUGCUGCAAUCAAAUCAGUUCUCUAUAAACGGUCUGAACGGUGUCGGCAGCCUAAUGCAAUCACACGUGCAGGCGUUCGGACAGACGGUAGGUAUGACAACGUUGUCGCAAAAUCUGACCACCGCCAGUCUACCCAGUCUGGGCGGCCUUGCGACUCGCUCCAAGGAAUCUUGGAGUCAGAAUGAACAGGGCAGAAUAGACCAGACCAAUCGAUUCCGAUCGAAUCAGUUCAACCAAGAAUAUAGCAGCGGCUUCCGGGGUGUCAGGCAGAACAGUCACAUUCUGAAUAAGGUGCAGGAUCUCGAGAGUCGUCGCAAUCCGCACGCCUUUCAGGCGACCACGACCAGUUUCGGAAACUACGACAACGAUCGUACGGCGUCGUAUGGCAGGAAAUCCGGAAAUUCAUCUAGGUUUUCCAGCGACAGCAAGAACGGAACUAGCAGUAGUAGCAGCAGCAACAGCAGCGGCGGCACUGGCCAUUGUGUGGAAGUGCGCAAUAUGCCGUUGAAUGCGACGCACGCGGAUUUGCGUCACGCGUUCCAGGGUAUUUAUAUUAGGAAAGAUGGCAUGAAGAUAAUUAAGGAUAACCACGGUAAUCGCGUAGGUAUCGCAUACAUCAAAUUUAACAAGACCGAAAGCAAGGAACUCGCGCUGGGCACGACGAGAUUCGUACGAGCCUCCGAAGUUGAGGUGCUUCACCUAGACGAAAGUAUCUUCGACAAAGCGAUGAAUUCUUACUCGCCUGCCGACAAAGAGGACAGCACCGAGGGCGAUAUCAGAAAGUCCGCGUGCAUCCUGCUAACCGAUCUGCCGUCCUUCACCAAGCAAGUCGACAUAGCCGAACUGUUUCACGACUGGAAGAUCAACGAUCUUCUCUUCAUUAGCAGCGGCAAGGAGGCCGGGGCCUCCAAUCAGUGCAUGGCUUACGUGCAAUUUGCACUACUCGAGGACGCCAAGUCGUCGCUGAGCACUCCGCUCAAGAUCGGCAAUAAGCAGGUGACCGCGACCGCCAUCAGUGAGGAGAAAUUCGCGCAGGCGAAGCGCGAACACGAGCAGACAAGUCUGAAUCUGGCGGAUUGCAUCCUGAUGCGCGGUCUGCCGUUCCAGGCGGGCGACCGCGAUAUUUUCGACUAUUUCUCGGAUAUCGGCAUCGUACCAAUGCGCAUUCACACGAUGCUGAAUCAACAAGGCAAACCGGGUGGCGAAUGCUUCUGCGAAUUUGACUCGGUUGAAAAGGCGGAACGCGCGCUUACGAAAAAUGGUGUGCCGCUUGGCAAGAAUGUACCCACCAUCGAAUUGGUACCUCGCUCUAAAAUGCUCGAGACCCUUGGCAUGAUGGAGAUGCAGCAGACGCAACAGACACAGCAGCAGCACUUCCAGCCGAUGCAGGAGCAGCACCAACGACCGCCGCGUUUCGGCGGCCCGAUGGGUCACAUACCACCACGCUUCGGCAACACCGGCUUCGGGCCUCGUUGUCCGCCGGGCAUGAUGGGCAUGCCGCGGCAUAUGAUGGGCCGCCAUCCACCAUCUAUGGACUGCGUCGAAGCUUUCGGCAAGCCCGGCUGCGUGCUAUCGCUGGAGAACGUGCCGUUCAAAGCAGAUAUUCAUGAAAUCAUCGAAUUCUUUGGCGAUUUUCACGUCAAACGAGAGAAUGUAAUUCGGCGUUAUAAUGAGAGAGGCAUGCCGACCGGGGACGCUCGCGUGGCCUUCUCCUCGCCGAGCGAGGCGCAACGUGCGCUCAAGGAACUCAAGCACUGUAAGAUGCGAGAACGCACUAUAUAUAUGAAAUUAGCGUGAGUUUCGUCGUUUCGUCGUGCGGAAAGUGACGAUAGUACGUGAAAAGACAUCACAGUGUGAUGAUAUCCGGCCGAAAUAGACAUCUGUCGCAUGAGAAUCUUCCUUUGUGUGAGUGAAGAACCAAUACAAUAUCUAAUAUCGAAGAAUGUGUCUUCUUAGAACUGUAAUUUAAGAAUCGAUUUUAUACUUGAGAAUUCUUGCCAAUAAGCACCAUCUGUAUAAAGACACUACACAAUGAAACGUCUUCAUGUGAAAGAUCAUACUUCCUUUUUCAUGCGAAAGGUAUAUAAGGUAGAGUCGAAAAGUAAAAGGACAUUUAAGGAAUUAAACUCUUUAAAAAAGUCUCUUUAUUCUUUGACUUUCGUAGAAUAUAUAUAUAUAUAUAGAUUUAAGAGAGAAAUUUUUUAGCUAUUAAGAUUGCGAUUACUAUAUAGCUCAAUUUCAGUUUCUUUUUUUCACAAUUGAAAACGUUCAACCACUUCUUGUGCAAUUGUCGUCGAGGAUUACAUUAGCAGCACGAUUCUAGUAUUAAGUGAUGAAUAGAAAAACUCACUCGUCGCUGAUGACAUUCCUUGAACGACGAUACACGGUGACAACGGGAAUGUAAAUUAGUUCUAGCAGGUGUGGAACGAAAAGAUAUAUUAUAAGUAUAAAAAAGUUUCAACUAUUUUAUAAACUUUGCAAUACACCAAAUAACGUUUUAGUUAUGAAAAUGACGGAAGCAGAGUACAAAGUUAGCAGUUUGAUUUGUUACGCGUUUAGUUUGCGUUUGCUAUAGUAAUACCAGGACGAGCGUAGGAGUCGGGCGCUAAACAGCGGCGACAAUAGGGAGCAAUCUGCGCAACAUAUUUAUAAGAACGAGUAUGUACAUUAUAUGUAUAUGUAUGUAAUGUUAUAUAUAAUAUGUGUGGGUGAUAUAUAUAUAUAUAUAUUAUAAGUACAAUAUAGAUGACGCAAUAUAUACAUAACAUAAUUGACACAGAUUGAAUAUCUUAUACAUGUAUAAUGUACAUAUUUGUGACAAAUAAUAUAUGUAUAUUACGUAUAUUAUAUGUAUAUAGUAACUAUGUAUCAUAAUCUGGCGCAACGAUAUGUACAUCUACCGCGACUGAAACUAUGUAAAGUAAGUUACAAAGAAAUAACACAUAUUAAUAAAUUUAUAAAUGCACAUGAUCACACACGACAUACAUACACACACAUACACACAUGCACACA